CCCGUAGUUGAAAAUGGUGCUUGGAACCAUCAAGUGCGUUCUACCCUCCCUCCACCGCCGUCAAGAUUCAGCGAGCACUUCCCAAGUUGCAUUGUCUGGAGUCUGCCAUGCAGCACGCCACCUGGCCGCAGCCUCAUGCGUUGCUGUCUUGGGUGCGUGGUCGUCGGUGACGGUGCGGUCGGCAAGACGUGUCUUCUCAUCAGCUACACGACAAACAAGUUCCCCUCGGAAUAUGUGCCCACGGUUUUCGAUAACUAUGCCGUCACGGUUAUGAUUGGUGACGAGCCCUACACGCUGGGAUUGUUUGAUACCGCUGGACAGGAAGAUUACGACCGCCUGCGUCCGCUCUCGUACCCUCAGACGGAUGUCUUCCUCGUCUGCUUCAGCGUCACGUCUCCCGCCUCGUUCGAAAACGUCCGUGAGAAGUGGUUUCCUGAGGUGCAUCACCACUGCCCCGGCGUGCCGUGCUUGAUUGUCGGCACUCAGGUAGAUCUGCGGGAAGACCAGCAGGUGGUGGCGAAGCUAGCCAAGCAGAAGAUGAAACCGGUACAGAGGGAGGAUGGUGAACGAAUGGCGAGGGAGCUCGGGGCGGUCAAAUACGUCGAGUGUAGUGCUCUGACGCAGUACAAGCUCAAAGAUGUCUUUGAUGAGGCUAUUGUUGCUGCACUUGAACCGCCUCCGCCGAAGAAAACCAAAAGCCACAGAUGCCAGAUUCUCUGAUCAAGGCUCUCCUAGCGCAUGUUGGUAUAGUCGUCUGACCGAUCGCACGGAGCCAUGGGAAGCGGCAUAUCAGGAAGAGCGAAUUUGGACAGCUAUAUAUCCGGUCCUAUUUCGGCCAGCCCGUAGACCGCAGGUUGAGUUGUCCGGAGCGAGCGCACCACGGCUAAACAGCGAUGGCCCAAUGCCCACAAUUGGGGAGGAAUAUGGAUCGGUCGACGU